CAAGUUCUUAAGCCUUUUGGGUCAUCAACUGAUAUAAUCUUUAAGCCUUACCAGCUAGAAAGACAAAGAAAGAGAGAAAGCUGAAGGGAGACAGAGAGAAAGGGAGAGAUGGAGCUCUCUCAGCAUGGUUUCUUGGAGGAGUUACUUCAAGCUCCAAGAAGAGACAGUAGUAGUUGGGCAAGUUUUCCUUCAACUGGAGCUACUGAGUUCUUCUCUAAUGGCUGGAACUUUGAUUCUUUUGAUGAAAACACACCAAAUCCUUCAUUCAUAGGAUUCUCCACUUCUCCAACAGAACCCACCUGCACAUUUGACUGCCCUUUCAGUGACCAAACAUACCCUUUUGUUGAUAGCUUCACUGUCCCUUCAGAGAUUAAUGAUCAUACGCCUCCAUUUCCAGCCCAAGAUCAAGAUUACCCUUCAAUGGUUGAAGAUGAAGAGUUUGGUCUUCUUACAACUCACUGUAGUUUUGAAGAAAUAUCAAGCAAUGGCUGCAAAGUUGAGAUUGAACAACCAGCUUCUAAUAAUGCUCAGGUUUUCAAUAUGGGUUUGGUUACAGAGAAAAAGAGCAAGUCUAAGAAGUUAGAAGGUCAGCCUUCAAAGAAUCUAAUGGCUGAAAGAAGGAGAAGAAAACGCUUGAAUGAUCGCCUCUCCAUGUUAAGAUCAAUAGUCCCCAAGAUCAGCAAGAUGGACAGAACUUCAAUACUUGGAGACACCAUAGAUUACAUGAAAGAACUUCUUGAAAGGGUCAAUAAGUUGCAAGAAGAAGAAGAAGAAGAAGAAGAAGGUGAAGAGAGUAAAAAUGAAAUGAACUUAAGAACCAAGUUAAAAGAUCUCAAGCCAAGUGAAGUGGUGGUGAGAAAUUCCCCCAAGUUCAAUGUGGAGAGGACAGAGAUGGAUACCCGGAUCGAUAUCUGCUGUUCAGCAAAGCCAGGACUUCUGCUAUCAACAGUGAACACAUUGGAAGCUCUAGGCCUUGAGAUUCAACAAUGUGUUAUAAGUUGCUUCAAUGAUUUUUCCAUGCAAGCUUCUUGUUCAGAGGCUGCUGAGCAGAGAAAGUUAAUAGGUCCUGAAGAUAUAAAGCAAGCACUCUUUAGAACUGCUGGCUAUGGAGGAAGAUGUCUUUAGAAUGAAAUUUGUUCACUUGACAGAGAUAGGAAGUUUGCUAAGUUUAAUCAGCAAAGAAUUUAAUUUGCAAGUGAGAAAAUUUGUAAUAAAUGCAUUUUAUAAUAAGUGUAGGUUCACUUAUAA